GCGGAAGUGUUGUGAAUUCCACCGUAGUAGAAUCUGGCUGCUGGGAAGGGACUGAGAGCACACCGGAAGUCAGAAGACAGUGUAUCAGUUUUCAUUAUUCUCUGGCUGGGGAUGGAGGGCCGAACCACUUAUGAUGAGUAUCCGUACCCCGUCGUAUUUCUGCCACCUUACGAGAAUCCCCCGGCUUGGAUCCCUCUGAAGGAGCGUAUGUAUCACUCAGAUUAUAACAAUCAGUUGACACAUUUCCUUCCACGGACUAUUCUCCUGAAGAAGCCACCUGGAGCACAGCUAGGAUUUAACAUCCGUGGGGGAAAAGCUUCACAACUUGGGAUCUUUAUCUCAAAGGUAAUCCCAGACUCUGAUGCUCAUCGGGCUGGACUUCAAGAAGGAGAUCAGGUGCUGACUGUCAACAAUGUGGAUUUUCAAGAUAUCGAGCAUAGCAAGGCUGUGGAGAUUUUAAAAACGGCACGUGAAAUCUUCAUGCAAGUUCGUUUUUUUCCAUACAAUUAUCAACGUCAGAAGGAGAGGACUGUUCACUAGGCACAGCAAAAGCCCUAUUUGCGUCCGUCCAUAUUUAUUAGGUUAUUAAGGGGUUGCUUUGGUGGUUUCGGGAAAUAACUCUGUGUACUACUCUACAAAAGGGACAUGUUAACAUUUUUCUGUCAGCCAGCAUUACUUUUACAAUUCAUGUCAGUUGUAAUCAGAGCUUUUAUUUUUAAAAAUUCCAUGUCUGAAUACCUGUCAUAUUAAGCACAUUACUGCAAAAGGAGGGUAUAAAUAAAUUACAUUUUUGUCUCUUCAGUAAUUACGUGGGCUCUUGCUGCACCAUGCAUUAGUACAUUCUUUAUUGUACAUGGAGACUAUGGGUGUUUAUUUGGGGGUAGGGGAUUUGCCAACUGUUUGAGUUCAAACGGUUUGACAAAAAUAAAAAAAAAGCAGGGUUGAGAAAACCAUAGAUUUCUUGCACAACAACCACUGUGAUGGGCUGUAGUGGGUUUGUUGCAUGGAGUGCACCUUAAAAAAAACAAACAAAAAAAAAAAAACUACACGCGUGCUCUUCUGGAAAAAUACUGUACAGAGACAUUCCAGCAAACUCUACUUCCAUUAUCUGCAGGCUUACUACUCUUU